AGGAAGGUUAUGUUUAUGCAUGUUUAUGUUUUUGGUUUUUGUUUUGUUGUAUAUUUUAUGUGUUAUGUGAAAAUUAUAUAUUUGUUUCUGACUUCAAAUUCAGUUAUGUGUGAUGAAAUUCUGCACCUAAACCAAAACCCCAAAAAAUGUCCAAAUCUGGAAAAGGAGGAACAGUUGGUUACGUUGUACCCCUAGGGUUUAGUGAGGGAGAACGAUUUUCCAGUUUUGAAGAAUUCAAUACCAGAUUCAAAGAGGCAUGUCAAGCCAAUAAUGUCGGUUUUUUCAAAAGGAGCGUUCAAACCAUUGAAGCAGCCAAGCGUAAAGUCAAUCACAGCUUUAGGCCAGAGUUGAAAUAUUACUAUGUGAGAUAUAAAUGCGUUUUCUCACGCGUAUUAGCUGGAAAAGGACAGACACCAUCAAUGACUAAAAAAGUUCUUACUGCUUGUCCAGCCGCAAUAUCAAUACACCUAAGAACCACCGACGUUGAUCAAUUUCUUCAAGUAGUCAAUGUAGAAUGGUUUCAUAAUCAUCCUGUGAGCAAAAAAGCCGAAGAUACAGAUAGUGAUAUUGAUAACAUUAUUGAAGGAUCUCCAGAAUACGAAAAUUAUAGAGCAGUUUUAGCAAAAGGUGAACGUAUUGCAAAGCUGGCUGCUGUCAGCGACAAUAAACGAUUUCAAGAAAUUCUUAAAAAUCUUGACGAUUUAAUUUUCUAUUUGAAAUGCUUCGAAAAUGAGGAUGAAGAAAAUUUGGAACUCACCAAAAAUAAUACAGGAGAACUUAGAACUUAUUGAACUUGAAAGUGAAUAAAAAUAUUUGCAUGAGAGCUGACUAAGUUUGUUAUGUGUGAGCAGUGCGAUUGUUACGAAAGAUUCAAUACUGCCAAAUAUAUGUGUUAAGUAACCAACGAACCUUUAUUAACUAUUGUUCAAAAUUACAUACAGGGUGAUUUACGAGAAUAGCUUGCAGGUGGACUAGUUGCUAUCUCUAGCACUUCAUAAGUCCCUAACAACCUUAAAUAAAUAGAUGAGUCACCUCUUUACAACAAAAUGUAUUAAGAAACGCUGAAUAUAAACACAAAUGCAGCCAUUUGUCUAUCAUCAUCUAACAAACUGUAGGCAAGGAUCUCUUGAAUUUCAAUAAACUUACACCUGGACCUGUUACCUGUUACAAUUACCUCACCAUUGCCUAUUCUGCGUCGAGAAACACUGGAGUAGUGCUGGUUUGAAUCUUAAAGUUGAACAUUUUUAAUAACUUGGGACAGCUAAUCAGCUGAUAAUCUUUUUUCAUCAUACUGUACAGGGUGAUCUAUUAUAAAUGUCACCACCUGCUAGCUUUUUCAUUUGACGUUUUUGACAGAAGUGUCAAAUACAAAAGUUUAGGAAAUUGUCAAAACUUUUUAACGUCAGCUUUAGUUCUUCAAUCGGUCGAGCUUAGCUUCGAUAGCUCGAGCAGUCGUACCGGACGGUCGUGUUAGCCAGCUCCGAGAGUAUUGCAAAUUUGAUUUGAUUUGUUUUGAAUUGAUUUGUUUUGUUUUGCAUCACAUCGUUAUGUUCGUUUUCGUUGUGCGUGUAUUUUUGUAAACUUGGCCUAAUUACCUUGCCAUUGAUCCAGUUCUUCAAAGUUCAAAGUUUAAUGCAAAAUUUGUGUUUGUUUAUGUUGCAUUUACAGAAACUAAAAGAGAGAACAAAAAUAAAAAUGGAAAGUUUUUGUUCAAAAUGUUUUAAAAGUUGCGUGCAUAAGGCCCAUCCAGCUGAAAAUGAAUUAUUUGGAGCAACAUAUUGUGAUUCUUGUUAGUUACUUUAUUGUAAAAGCUGUGCAGAACUUAAAACAACUGAAGCUCACACAUUAGCCCUCAGUGAAAGAGUCUAAUUAUUUUACUGUCAAUCUUGUAAAGAUGAAUUUAGAAAUAUGUGUUUUAAUGAGGAAAAAUUGGAGAAGCUAUUUAACGAAAACAAAAGACUAAAUGAAGUAAUAGAGCUUCUGGAGAGUGAAAAUGAAGAUUCCGUCGCAAAACUAAAAAAGCAGAUUACUGAAUUAAACAAAGUUAUUAUUGCGAAAGAUGAUAUACUUCAACGAGAGAGAAGGAAAACAAUAGACUUUCAGGACGAUGUUUUUUCUGCAGAAAAUUCACUGGAAGAAAAAAUCAAGAGACAAGAAAAAAUUAUUAGAACUUUGGAAAGGGAAAUUGGUGGCACAAAGAACGAUAUUACUAUGCAUCAAAAAAAAUAUGAAGAAGUUCUGGUAAAAAAUAAAAGUUUGGAUAAAAAAAUCGAAAAGAUUAGGCUAUCUAGUGAAUCUGACACCAAACGUAUUGAUGAACUGAUACAGAGGAACGAGAAUUUGCAGCAGAUAAUAUUGGACGAAGAUAAGAAACGUGAUAAACUGGUAAAAGAGCUAGAUGAUUUGAAGUCAAUGAGAAAUCAAAUGCUUUCAACAAGUAGUACACAGUACACUUGAGAAUGAUAAUGAUUAUAUGCCAGUGAGAAUAAAAACAUGAAUAAAGAAAUAUUCCAGUUUAAGCAGCGUAAAGUUUCGAAAAAGGAUGAUCAAAAAAGUCAAUCAGAUGGUAAUUGCUGACACAACUGCUAUGAAUUCGCUUGUUGAUUUCAAAAAGGUUAAAAAUUCUAAGAAUAAAGUUGUUAUUUCAACUGAUGUUAUAUGAUGCUAUAGACAAAUCAAUGGAGGACAACUAAGUAACUCAGCUGGUAAAAGAACCUUAUACUACAAUAAAGGAUAAUAUACAUAGUUCAGACUGUUAUGUGGAGGAUUUGACUGAGAAGGACUAUGUUGUUUUGAUAGCAGGACUUAACGACACUGAUAUCCGAAAAGAUCACAAAUAUUGCUAUUAAAUAAGUGUUUUAGAACGAAUUUAAUAGUCUGCAACCUCCUAUAUAAGAAUAACUACGGCAAGAAACGUUUGUAUGUUAGAAAUGUAAAUCAAAAACUUAGGGAAGUUGCCCAAAAACUACAAAUUUUCUCUAUUGUAAUGUCCUAGUUUUAGCCAGCCAAAUAAAAGAGUCAAACCAGUUUUAUUGCAAUUUUAUUGUCUUCGAUUGAUUAGGUGACAUGAUCGAUGUUGUUGCUUAGGUUGCUGUUGCAGAAAAGAGGGAUUUUG